UUAUAAAUAUGUAUACGAGUAUUAAACAUGCAUAUUAACACAAAUAAAUAAAAAAGGAUUUAACAUGUUUUUGGAUUAAUAGUUUUCUUCAAUUUCAAACGCUACUUAAAUGGAGUAUUUUACAUAUGCCCAUCGGAUUAAAUUCGUAAAAUCCUAAUUAAUCAGGACUAUAAUUUCGUGUACUUUGUUGGAUCGACUAUCAAUAUUAAAUUGCACGUCGCGAUUCGAUAAUUUUAAUUGAACUACAGAUGUAUGCACAUAGGCUUGCUCGCAUGUACGUAAUUUAUUGAUCCCUUUUCUAUACAAUUCCUGUAAGCUCGAACCAGGAAGUUAUUUAUUCUCUGCAAAAUAAAGGCUUAAAUCAGGUUUGGUUGAAAUGGGGGGAUACUUAAGUAAAAGUUCCACAAGUUCUACAGAAACGGUAGCAGCGAAAAGUCAUUCCUAUCUUCUUGAAAGUCCUACAGAAACGGUGGCUGCAAAACUUCAGUCCUAUCUUCUGGUUGCUGCGUUCGAUUUUGGGACUACAUAUAGUGGUUAUGCGUUUUCCUUCCGAGAUGACCCGCUCAAAGUACAAACUAAUCACAACUGGUAUUCGGGAGGGGCUGGCAAACUGAUCUCUCUCAAGACAUCGACAAGCGUGCUUCUUAAUACAGACGGAAAGUUUGAUUCAUUCGGGUUUGAAGCUGAGGACAGAUAUGCGAGUAAAGCGGAAGAUGGCGAACACAAAGGAUGGAGACUUUUCCGGCGAUUUAAGAUGGUUCUGCACAACAACAAGGACCUUUCAAGAGCCACCACUGUUAAGGAUAUGGAAGGCAAUUCUUAUCCAGCUUUGGAAAUAUUUUCCAUGGCAAUCAAGUUUCUACAAAAACAUCUACUAGAUUCGUUAGCGAACCAGGUUGAUGGAAUUAAAGAGAAUGACAUUUACUACGUUAUCACCGUACCCGCCAUAUGGGAUGACAAUGCAAAGGAGUUCAUGAGAAUGGCUGCCGAAGAGGCGGGCCUCGAUGGAACUCGAGUUAAACUAGCACUUGAACCGGAAGCAGCCUCGAUCUGGUGUGAGGCGCUUGAUGUUGACAUACAGCAUAAAAUGGCCGGGAUCGGAACUCAGUAUAUGGUCAUUGACCUUGGAGGUGGAACUGCAGACAUUUCUGCCCACGAGAAAAAUGAUGACGGUACUCUGAAAGAGAUCCACAAGGCCAGUGGAGGACCAUGGGGUGGCAUCUAUGUUGACGACAACUAUCUCAAAUUCCUAGAACAAAUACUCGGGGAAAAAGUUAUCACUGAACUUAGGACGAAAGAAAUGACUGACUUCUUUGACCUCAUCAGUGAGUUUGAAACAAAGAAAAGAAAUUUCAAAUCAACGUCGAAAGACAAAGUUACGUUUAGAAUAUGCACUUCUACUAGAAGCCUUUGUAAGCAAAUCACAGGACAGGAAUUCGAAGAAAGACUUGCAGCCUCCAAAUAUAGCAAUUCAGUUAUUGUGAACGGUGGCGAUAAAUUACGAGUUGAGCCUGAUAUCGUUAAAGAUUGGUUUAACGGUCCUAUUAAUAACCUCGUUGACCACUUGAAGAGCAUUCUAAAGGAGCCCAAACUGAAAACGGUGCAGACCAUUGUGGUGGUUGGUGGUUUCGGAGAGAGCACGUAUGUUCAGGAAAGGCUGAGGGGUGAGAUCCCAGACAAGCGUCUGAUUGUUCCUGCUGAUGCGGGUCUCGUCGUGCUGAAAGGAGCCGUCAGGUUUGGACACAACCCAGCGAUCAUCACAUCAAGGGUCAUGAAAUACACGUGUGGUGUUGGUGGGAUUGGUAUAUUUGAUGCUAAAAUUCAUAGUGAAGACAAAAAAUACUUCGAUAAAGACGACGGUAAAUGGUGGGUCAGAAACUGUUUCGAUGUGUUCGUUCGCGUAAACAAGGAUGUUCCCAUCGACUUCCAAAUAACACAGGAAUUCAUUCCUACAGCAUAUAAGACAACCUCACCCAUAUACCGUACGACAGCCGAGAACCCCGUGUACGUGACCGACCCCGGUUGUGAGCUGCUCGGGAAGCUGGAGCUAGAGCUGCCGCGGGACAUUCCUCUGUCUGAGCUUGAUCACGAUAUAACAUUCUUGUUUGGUGGAACGGAACUUGUUGUAAAAGUCCGUGUGAGAAAAACGGGACAGGAGAAAAUAUUGAAACUUAACUGCUUGAAAUAAGCUACGACCGGCUUGAUGACCACACACCUAACUCACAUGCGCCCAAGGCUUAGAAUCGAGUCCGGGGCCCCUAGGUGAGAAGCGAGUGCGCUAAUAUAGGGUAUACUUCCAAAACCCUUAUGACAGAGAUAGGCAAUAUUAAAAUCAUCUGAUAUAACAUAGUGUUCUACUUUUUGUCCAUAUGUUAUGAUAUGUAUGCACUAUGCAUAGAACGAGAAACGAGUUGAAAAAAACUACAUAUAGGUAAUGCUGUUUUCUGUUGUUCUGAUAUUUCAUAUCACUAGAAUUAUGUUUGAAUAAUAAUGUAAUAUUACUUCUAAGAUAUGGCAAACUUACCACUCGAUGCUCCAUAUGUGUCCAGUGUGCUUAAGUUGAAGCGUUGAAAAACGGACGAAGUAAAUUUCUUCUUUUCUUUCAAAUUAUUAUUACUAUUAUUGUGUGUUUUUUUCAUAUAUUUACAAACAUAAAAAUAUUUUUCGUGUGUAUUACUUUCGUAUACGUGUGUGAUCUAUUUGCACGUUUGUGUAUCUCUCUCAGUGGUGUUUGUGCCUUUACUCUGCGCCUCUAAACAGGGUUUUGACUAUUGUGCCUGUCCUUGUAGUUUUCAGAUUUUUUUUGUAUCAAUUUGGCACUUGAACAGAAUCUAUAAAAGUUUGAAGUAA